AUGCUACAGUUUCAAGAUACAGAUUAUGAGGGCAAUGUCCAUCACGAAGAACCAUAUAUAGUAGAAACUGAUUAUCAAACUGACAUGUCAAAGGCCGCACAGGAAAAUCGUGAGAAACUUCUUCAGCAGACAGCGGAAGAUCUACAAAUUGAAGACGAUAAUGUUCCAACUGAAGUCAGGUUAAUGUCUGACAAAAAAUCUCUUCCCUUGUACCUAAAAUUAUUAGAAUCAGGCUCAGAGAAAAAGAGAGACAUCAGGUUGGUUAUUGUUGGGGAGAAAGGUGCAGGCAAAACAUCGUUCCUUAAGCGAUUAUUUGAAGAAGAGAUAGGAGAUGUGACAAGCACAAACGGAAUCGAAAUUCAUAGAAUAAAAUGUCUGGCAGAAUCUGACGACGGCAUAUGGGAUAAACUAGAAGGCAUCAACGAAGAAGUCGAACUGCAUAAGAGGCUGUUACAACCCUACGAGGAAAGUCUUAAGAGCCAGGUUAAUGUAAACAGUAAAGAAUCAGUAGAAGGGACCGAGUACAAAAUUGAUAGUAACAACAAACAAACCAGUUCUAGUGAAAAAAGGAAAAUGACAAAAUCUGUGAAUUCAGCGUCUCAGUCACUUGAUAUAUUACAACCUACAAAUGAAUCCGUAUCUCGUGAACAUCCGUUUGAACAAGCAGAAAAGGAAGUCAAAAGUAUGUUACAAUCAGAAGUUGACCUUCGUGAUAAAGGAAAUUAUGCAACCUUACUCCUUUGGGAUUUUGCCGGAGACACAGAGUUUUACCAGACUCAUCAGACCUUUUUAUCGCCAGAUGCAAUUUAUCUUGUUGUUACAAAACUUAACAAAUCUAACGAUAAUGAAGCUCAAGAAAUGUUUGAAUUAUGGAUGGAAUCGAUACAUUGUUACUGUCCAAAGGAAAAACGUAAUUCAAGCAAUCAUUGUACAAACCAAACCAUUUCUCCACCAGUCAUUCUAAUUGGUACAUGGAAGGAUGCAGUUAAAAUAUCCGAGGGAGAAGAGAUGCAAAAUGCAUGUAUGGAAAGGCUGGAUACAUACGCUAUAAAUGUUUCAGUAGAUGCAUGCCGGCACAUAAGAGAUGAAUAUACACAAUUCAUUUCAAACACAAAGGAUAACAACGGUGUAUUCCAGGAAAUACGAAAAAGUAUUCUUAAAUUAGCAAGGACAAUUAAAACAUGGAAUAAAGAUUAUCCGCUAAAGUUCAUUCAGUUGGAAAAGCGCUUACAAGAGAAAAAGAAAGAGUUGCCAAUAAUUUCGUUUCCGGAAAUGCAACAUCUUUCUUUAGAUUCAUCCAAGCCUUUGAGCACUGCAGAACUUACUUUGUUCUUGAAGUAUCACCAUGAAAUCCGAGCUUUGGUAUAUUUUGAGGAUCUUCCUGGUCAUAUCAUUUUAGAUACACAGUGGUUAUCUGAUGCCUUUAAAAGUAUUGUUACAGCAGACAAAUUUCAAUUGAAAAUUAAGACCUUUAAAAACAAGGAAAAGUGGGACGACUUAAACCAAAGAGGAAUUUUACAUAAUGAGGUGCUCGGAGACAUAUUAAAAAACGAACAAAGUAUUUUGUAUAAACAUAAAGACCAUAUUUUGAAGGUUAUGGAGAAAUUUGACAUCAUUAUACGUCCAAUUAUAUCGGAAGAAGAUGCUACUACAGAAAUAUCCUGCUACUUUGUACCUUGUAUGGUAAAAGAAAAACCUGAGUGUGACAUAUAUCAGAUGUUUAAGGUCACAGAAGACACCUGUAGGAAAUCAACGUGGUUUUGUUUGAAAUUUAAUUUUCUUCCACCACAUCUAAUAAAUCAUUUGAUUGCUUCACUGUGCCGGGAAUAUGAAGUUGCCAAAGUUGCUACAACUAAACAGAAAAAAAACAAAAUUGCCCUUUUCAGAGGUACUGCCAUUUUUGACCUACAAAAGACAAAAUUACAAAAAUUACUAAUAACAAAAAGUCCAAAUUUAAUUCAGAUUCAAAUUCUGGAAUUUAUGAUGAGUACAAUUAUUGAAAAUGGUUCAUACUCACAUAUUUCUGAAUUUAUUGAGAGAGAGACAGAUAAAAUUAUUAAAAAAAGAUACAAAAUGACAAAUGUAACAUUUGAGAGAAAAUGGGAAUGUGGCUGUGUAAAACCAGAUUCUGUGAAGGGUUCAAAUGUCUUUAUUGAAGAACGGAAUACAGAAUAUUUCUGUGAGGCCUGUACAGCAACACAUAAAUUGAUUGAUGAGUGGUCAAAACAACAUGGUCAUAGAAAAGGCAUCAAAAGGCGAAAAAGGGAUAAAAGAAGGCCGUACAAUAAAAAGCAGUCCCGAAGUUUUGAUAAAUCAAAUGAUGAAACCACUGGUAGCAAGAACACAAUAUUCACAGAGGUACGUUGUCGUGUACAAGCAAAUACAAGUACAAAAUUAAAAGUGUGUGACGUUGUUACCAGAACAGGAAGCUCGAAAGUGUUUUCAAAAGAGGAAUUUAAUUUUGCAAAGAUGGGAAUGAUUGUACUGAAUAUUCUUGCCGAUGUUUUAUAUGAUCUUCUUAAACAAGACAAACAAAAUAUGAAGCCUAGGAGUGAAUGUGAUAUAACGUACUUGUCAAAAGAGCUAUGGAGUCUUAAUAAACAUAUUCCGAGUAAUUCAGGUGGCCGCAAAUAUCCUUGGGCAAAGACAUUGCAUGAUAUAAAGAAUACUGAUACAGCUACUGGAGAUGACAUAGAGCGCAUACGACUUACCAGGAAUGAACUUCAACACUCUACGACAUAUGAACUUGAAGACAAGCGUUACACUGACCUGUGUCAUAUUAUAGAGGAUCUUUUAAAACGAUUUGAUAAACGCAACAAUCCAAGGAAGCUGUAUUCAAAACGACUCAAUGAUAUUUUAGCCAGAACAAUUGGAAAUGAGGAAGUGAAUGACAUUCAUCAUCAAAUUGAAAAUGAAAUUAAAACACAGUCGGAACUGGAACUUGUUGUGGAAGUUAAACACAAAAUAAAUAAGUAAUCACCAUGAUAACAGACUUGAGAACUCAUGUUUGUUUUUCUGCUAUUUCGUUUUUACAGAUGGAUUAGUGUUAUUGUUUUAUAAAUUAUUACAUUGUGUAGUAUAUGUUAUAAAGAACUAUAUAGAUUCAAUGUAAAAUAAAACAGUCUAAUCAUAUAUCCUUAUUAGAUGACGUAACAUUAUCUUGUAUACACUAAAUGUGUAUUUUAUUGCCAAUAAAAGUCAUUCUGCAGAAAAAAUUACAGACGUUAGCAAUAUUCAAGAUGACAUAGACACAUUUAACUACUUUUGAUACUACAUCAAACAAUAGCAAGAAAAAAAGUGAUUAUUGAAAACUAUACUAGUAUGUACAUACACAUUUAUGCAUGUGAGUAAAAUGAAACAGUUUGAGUUCAUGAUUUGUAUAUAAGAAAUAAGAAGUAAUAUCCUUUUCCUACUGGAAAUUUAGUACAAUUUAGAGUCUUCCGUAAAAUCAGAAUAUUAUAAUUUUUAACAGUACAUAUUGUAAAUCGUGUAUGUACUAGUAGUGUCCUGAGUCUUACUGAAUUCUAAUUCGUACUGAGAGAAGUUUCGAGUCCUUAAAUGAUUUGUAAAAACCUAGCCUUUUAUUUGAUUUCGAAAAUAUUAUUUGUACAGAAAAUGCAAACAAACAACCGAAUAUACCAUUGAAUAUUAUAAAAAUGUACAUUUUGACUAAUUUCAUUCCUUCAGAAAUAGUUUCAUUUUAAAAUGUAUUUUCAAAGGUCGAUUGAAAACGGUGGAUAGAUAUGUAAUAUUACACGGUUAUUUAAGAAUAUCUAAAAAAAAAAAAAAGAUAUACAUUGUCAUGUCAUCAAAUGAAUUUCAUGAUAUUGCUAAAAAAAUAUAAAAAAAUAUAUAUUUAUGAUCUAUUUCGGAAAAAAUAUCUUCAAAUACAGAAGCCGUGUGCACAAAAACAUAAAAAUAACAAUAAUUGAAACAAUAAUUUUAAAAUAUGUUGUUAUUGUCAAAGAGAUAACAUGAUAGAUCUAUGAAAUUCCCCCCCCCCCC